CUACUUGAUGGCUCGAAUCGAGACUCGAGUCACCAAUGGCAAACCCAACCCAUCUGUCAAUUUCGGGUAUCUGAACGUAGCAAGGCUCGAAAGCUAAUAAACCAGCAAAAGGUUCCGAUAAUCCUGUGAAUUUCCUCGGUCAGCCGCCGAUUAUCUGAAGCAAGUAGAGAUGGCGGUGGCAGUAUCGGGGCUAUGGUGUCCCAAUCCAACUAUCAGCAGGAUUCCCACUCUUGAAAGCCGACGCAUGUCAGUUAGGUCUGGACCGCUCGCCUCCGUUGCUUCUCUCUCGUCUCCGCCUCCUACCAUCCAGAUUGUCGGCGGGAAAGCUCCGAGUUGGUAUGGCGAUGGAGGUGCUAGUUCUUCGAACAGUUACGGACUGGUGGGUGUCGAAGGAGACGAAGAUAUUGAUUGGGUUAAAAUGGAGGCCGACCUCUACUACUGGACCAAGGCACUUCGUCCUGUUCAGUGGUAUCCUGGUCACAUUGGGAAAGCUGAAAAGGAACUGAAAGAGCAGCUGAAACUGAUGGAUGUGGUGAUUGAGGUUCGUGACGCCAGAAUUCCCUUGUCCACCACCCAUCCAGAGAUGGAUUCUUGGCUCGGAAAUAGGAAGAGGAUCUUGGUUUUGAACAGAGAAGACAUGAUAUCCAAAGCUGAUAGGAAUGCUUGGGCAGCUUAUUUCUCUAGGCAGGGAAUGAAGGUUAUUUUCGCUAAUGGCAAGCUUGGAAUGGGCAGUACGAAGCUUGGGAGGUUAGCAAAGGAUAUGGCAGCGAAUGUUAAUAUCAAGCGCAGAGCAAAGGGUCUUCUUCCUCGUGCAGUUCGUGCUGGAAUUGUUGGGUAUCCAAAUGUGGGGAAAUCCUCUUUGAUCAACCGGCUACUGAAGCGUAGAAUGUGCCCUGCCGCCCCAAGACCUGGAAUCACAAGAGAUCUCAAAUGGGUUCGAUUUGGUAAAGAUCUGGAGUUGUUAGAUUCUCCAGGCAUUUUGCCGAUGCGAAUAAGCGAUCAAACGGCUGCCAUAAAACUUGCUAUGUGUGACGAUAUCGGAGAGAGAUCUUAUGACGUCGCUGAUGUUGCUGCAGUUCUUGUGCAGAUGCUAAUAAGAAUUCCUUCAGUUGGUAUGUUAGGCCAUUUAUUACUUCUGUCCAUCUGUUCAUACUGUCUUUCCUCUAACUUAUUUGUGCAGAAGCUUGCACUUCACUUGUUCAGUGGAGACACGCACCAAGCAGCAUUCCGCAUCUUGGCCGAUUUUCGGAAAGGGAAGUUUGGUUGGGUUGCGCUCGAGAGACCACCUAGAUGAAGCUUUCUCCAGCGUUGAACUUUCUGGAUCCUGCAAACUCUUCCAUCACCUGUCUUCGGAGGCCUAUACGAGACAAGACGAAGAGAUGGCUUAUCUAAGAUAUGUAUGGUACGUUAUGUAUGGGCGGAUAAGCAGCCAUCCUCCAUGGAAGAAAGUGAAGUUCUGUUGGAUCGAACUGGUUCUGGAGAUACGAUGGACAGUGAAAAAUGGGCGGGGAAGUGAAUUAAUUAUAGUGAAAAUGACCACGUCUACAUGAGCAAGCCAAUAUGUGUAUGGGCAGUGUGUUGUAAAUUUUCCUAGAUAUGCUUGGACUGAUGAAGGGCUCCUCUGUGAUGUGAACGGAGGCGCUCUCUUUCCGUCAUGGUGCAGUUUUUUUCUGUGAUAAUUGUGUUUUCCUUGUAGAAUAUGUAUGAUAUGUUUCACAUGUGAUUGGCAGUUGGCACUUUUGAAAUCGACAAUCUCCAGUGUAGUUAUCAUGUUGAAUGGCUGUAGAGUGCAGAGACCAGAGAAUUUGAGUUGGUGGAUAUGGAAAACGUCGGCACUAGCAGACAGGAGUAAAUGCGGCACCGAUUGUGGCGCUAAGCCGCCAACUAAAAAGAUCGAUGCUUUUAACAACCCAAUCGUCAGUGUAGAAGUAAAGUUCAAAAUCAGAGGAACAGAAACAAACACUCAAACAGC